UUAGCUAAUCAAAGAUUAAUUAAAGAUGAAUCAUGGUUGCAGGAGUUACAAGGAGAUGGAGAGAAGACUGAAGGUGUAUGUAUACGAAGAGGGAGAGCUUCCAAUAGUGCAUGAUGGCCCAUGCAAAGACAUCUACACCAGUGAAGGGAGAUUCAUCCAUGAGAUGGAGCAUGGAAGCCAUAGAUUCAAGACAAGCAGACCUGAACAAGCUCAUCUCUACUUCAUGCCAUUCAGUGUGACAUGGAUGGUGAAGUAUCUCUACAGCCCCAACACCUACAACCUCACCCCGCUCCUAGAAUUCGUCUCCGAUUACGUCAAACUCAUCUCCACCAAACACCCCUUCUGGAACAGAACUCAAGGAGCUGACCAUUUCAUGCUCUCUUGCCAUGACUGGGGACCUCGCGCAUCAGAAGGAAACGCACGCCUCUACAGCACAUCCAUCCGCUUCCUGUGCAAUGCAAACUCAUCCGAGGGAUUCAUCCCUCAGCCUCCCACCUCAAAACAUCACUAA